GGGUCUAAUUCCGGACUCGAUGCGCCGGUUUUGCCGAGUUCGAUCGACCUGUCAUUCGGUCACGGUCCAUGCUGUCAAGGGUCAUCCGAGAGCCACGUCGCCUCUCACCAACGGCCUGAUAGUGAAGGAGGAGAAUGAAGCGAGUCUUGACAGUGAAGCCAGUAAAGGCUCCUCCUGACGCCGACAAGACGAAAGACAAAGUGGAUUUCUCAGGCGCUCCACAACUUACGUCCACUGGCGUCAAGAGAACCAGUGAGGAGGAAGGAGCCUCGAAAAAACCCGACUUGAAGAAGAUAAGAGUGUUUGCCCCCACAGCUGAUGAUACUGUUAAGAGAGAUGUAGUAGCCGUAAAAGAAUUUAACCAACACUUAGAUCAAGCCUCGAAGAAAUUAGAGGAGGCGGGCAAAGAAAACAAAGAUUUGAAGAUGUUAAACGAGCUUAGGAACUGUUUCAAUAACGUGCCAACGGGGAGUGGAAUCCUGAACAGCCUCGCUGAGUGGGGCGGCAGUGGUAGUACAGGAUUAAGCCAGUAGUAGCAUAACCAUUACUCCUAGUGCCAUACAAUACCACC